GUGAUUGGUUGGUUAAACUUUGAAUUUUCCCGGUGUAUUCGCCCACUCCAUGUACACAGUUGGACGUUGACUACACGUCGUUUUGUUGUUUGCUUGAUUAGAAACAGGUCGGAAAGGUGGCUUAGUACUUUGUUUUGGUCCAUUGGGGUGAGAGGUCGAAAUGAAUUUGGGCGUUAAAGCUCUCCUUAGCUGGGUCAAAGCUACAAUAACCACAGACGGAGAAGCUGAAACUGACAUAAACGUUGAAGAUUUACAAAAUGGGGAGAUCUUACUCAAACUGGUCUAUCUCCUAAAAAGAGAGUCCAUACCCUGCCUGAGAAAUUGUAUUGAUGAUCGCUUCAAGAUUAUUUCUGACUUUAUUGAAAGAGAUUGCAGAUUUAAUGCACUAAAUGGGACUCCAAUUGUAUGGAGCGCUAUUAAAGAUGGCAGCAACAUAACAAUUGAAAUUGCAAAGGUCCUUUUGUUGCUCGUUUAUCAUGACAUGAUGAAUGACCAUUGCACCCUAAGGACCCUGGAUUGUGACGUAGAGAAUCAGAUAGCAAGCUUAACUGCUACUUAUGUGAUGGAGAGUGAAGGAAGCGUCUCUUUGAGGCCGGGACUUGAUGCCUAUCUGUCUAGACGUUACUUGCCUGUGUCCCGUGAUAUUUUUGAUAAAUCAAGCUCCACUUCAGUAUCCAGUGUAUCAUCAGUAUACGAUGAGGAUGAGUCCCCUCUCUUUGGUCGUUCUCAAAAAGUCAAAUUUUUGGACUUGCAAAAUGUAGCAUCGUCUUCAGCCAGCUGUUCACCUAUACAAGACAUUAUAAACACACCCAUAUUUCAGAUGAGGAAGCUGCAACGUCAAUUAAUACAAGACCGGGAUUACAGAGAUGGGUUGGAAAAGGAACUCUCCAGCAAACUGGCACUUUUGGCACAAAGAGAAUCCCAAAUAAAUCAGCUGCAGCAUUGUUUGGAUAAACUAAAGAAGGACCAAGGUGCUUGUGAACAAACUGCAAGAGAGCAAAUUGAUGAGCUGGAAAACAAGAAUAACAUGUUGCAGUCACGCUUUAAUGAUGUACUGAGGCAGAAUAAAGAACUCAAGGGUAAUACUGCACUGAUGGAGCGCAAAGUAGAUGAACUAGCUGAAGAAAAUGGUGUGCUGUCUUCGCGGAUGACAACAGUGUCUUCUCAGUUGGCGAUUUUUAAGGCGGAAGUUGACAGACUGACAGAGACCCAAACUUCUAAUGAAGUUGAGUGGAGAAGUACUGUAAGCAAUUUGCAAUCAGAGCUUAAUGAAGCAAGGGCACAAAAGGAACUUCUUGCAGAACAAAUUGAGAUCCUUCAAGGAAAGAUAUCCUGUUUAGAAGAUAAAAUAAGCAGAUCCACACAAGAAGAGGAAGGUGACAAUAUGUUUGUUUCAGUGGAGAAAGAAUUGCUGGAGAACAAAAUCAGCUUGUUAACUGAUGAAUUGGAGAACACCACAAAUUCUCUUCAGAAAAUUGAAGAGGAGGCACAGGCCAAGACCCAGCAACUAAAGGAACGUGAGCAAGACAUUUCUGACCAGAAGGAACUUUUACUGCAACAACAGAACCAAAUUGGUCAGUUGAUUGAGUCAAAGAAUAUAGCGGUAAGAAACCUCCAGAAAGAGAUGACAGAGGUGAGAGAAGUUCUGCAACAGAAAAUAUCUGCACUUAAACUUCAACUGGAAGAAGCUGAGCAAAAGAAAAAUGAACAGACCACAAGGUUACAAGUCCAAAUUGAGUCAUGUAAUCAAGAAAUUGAAAAACUGAAGGAAAGGAAACGAGAAAAAGAAGAUCUUCUUCUUCAAACUGAGGAAAGAGUUAAAGAUCUCAUGACCAAGCUGUAUACUGCUAAUAAUCUUUUGGCUGAUAAAGCUCAAGAAGUAAGCAGACUCACAGAAAAGAUAGCUCUACUAACUGAAAUGCAUCAACAAGCCAAAGAUGAAAGUCUAGCCAAAGAAGAAAUGUUUUCACAAUUGCUGCUGGAAAAAUCUCAAGAUAAGGAGGUUCUUCAAAAUAACAUCCAGUCAUUAAAAGAUGAAGUCAACAACCUUAAAACAUCACUAACACACACUGAAGAGGAACUGCAAAGAGAAAAAGAUCUCCUCAGUAAAACAAAUAAAGAAAGCAGUGAGCGAAUUGAGGGUCUCAAUCAUGAUAUUGUACUUUGUAAAGAGACAAUUGAGACACUUAAAGAGGAACUUCACGUCAAAGAUGAGCAACUAAUUGAGGUUAAAAAAGAUAACGCAAUACAGUCAGAAAGGUUGCAAGCGGAAAUCUGUGCUCUUAAAAGUCAAAUCAAUGGUUUGUGUGAUUCUUUGAAUGAAGAAAAGCAACAGGUCCACAUAAAGCAGAGUGAAUUGAUGAAACUGGAAGAAGAAAGUUCUCAUCAAAAAGGACUUCUGCAGCAACAGUUAUCAUUUUCUGAAGAGAUGAUAAAAAAUUUAAAAGCUGAAAUUGAAACAAAGAUUGAACAAAUAAGCUUGUUAGAAAACCAAAGAUUUGAGCAAUCUGUCCUCUUAAAAAGGGAAACAAAUAACUUGCAGCAACAAGUGGAGUCUCUCACAUCUCGGCUUAGAAAGGCAGAAGAGGAUUUAUGUUUAAAGGAAAAUGACUUUGCCCUGAAACAGCAGGAGGUGGAGGGACUGCAGACAAAGGUGUCUGAAUUUGAAGAGAAGAUCAAGAGACUACAUGCCAACAUUAAAACUAAAGAGGAAGAAUUAUUAAAUCUUAAGGGGAAAACCUCCAUAGAGAUGGAACGUCUAAAGGAAGAGAACCUCAAACGGUCAGAGGAGCUUGAGAAUGAAAUCCAACUUCUCAGUUCCGAAGUCCAAAGUUUGCAUCAUUCUUUAAACAGUGUUACAGAACAGCUGAGGCUUACAGAAGACAUGCUGGCCAGAAAAGAGAUGGAGAUUUCACAUGAAAAUGAUGUGAUUCAAAAACUAAAGGCAUCAUUUGAUGAUGAGAUGUUUGCUCUUAGGCAGCAGCUACGUGCUAAUGAAGAACAGAUGGUUACACUAAAAAGUAAGACUGAUUGUCAGUCUAGCAUACACCAACAAGAGAUGCAGUCCCUUAAGGACCAGCUUCACAAUAUGGCCGAAGCAUUGAGUAAAGCUGAAGAGAUGGUUCAGACUCAGCUCCAAAUGAUUACUGAACAAGAAAUUAAAAGUGCUCAGGAGAAAGAGGUGCUUGAGCAAAAACUUGUAGACUCUCAGGCCGUUAUCAGGGAGCUAGAGAAUGAGAUUAGUGUUAAAGAACAACAAAUGAUGGAGCUGAGGACACAGAGCUCUGAGCAGUCCAAUGUUCUGUAUGAGCAAAAUGAGCAUCUUCAGAAACAGAUGCAGUUACUAACCUCUUCUUUGAAAGACACUGAAGAUAAAAUGCAUUCCAAAGAGUCUUUACUAACGCAACAACAGCAUGAAAACCAACUGAAACAAGAAGAACUUUGUGGCCUACAUCUUAAAGUGGAACAGGCUGAAAAAGAUGUGGCAUUAUUCAACCAAGAGAAAAGUCAGAUGCAGAUAAAUCUUCAAGAAAAGGAGGAGCUUCUGGUCAAAACUAAACAGCAGUAUCAGAUGGUUCAGGCAGAGUUAUCUGCAAUUAAAAUCAGGUUGGCUGAAAAUGACAAAGAUGUUGGCAAACUCAAGGAUGAGGCAGUAGCACAGAUGGAGUUGUUUCACAAAACAAAAGAACAAGUUAAACACAAAGAUGACUUGUUUAAAGAGCUACAAGAACAAAGUUCAAGACAAAUUGAUGAUUUGCAACAAUGUAUGGAGACCUUGAAAGGUCAACUUGAUGAUUGUUCUCAUAAACUUGUGGUCAAAGAAGAGCUGUUAAUUAAAUGCCAGCUGGAAUCAGAUCAGCAAAUUGAUCAUCUUAAGCAAGAACUUGUGUCUCUCAACGCAGAGCUCAGUCAACACAAAGAAAUGAAUACCCAUGUCCUCAGACAAAAGGAAGAAACACUUAAAUCUACACAAAAGGAUAGGGAUUGUCUUAUUAAAGAAAAAGAAGCACUGCAUGCAAGAAUACUUGCUGUAGAGUCUUUACUAACGCAACAACAGCAUGAAAACCAACUGAAACAAGAAGAACUUUGUGGCCUACAUCUUAAAGUGGAACAGGCUGAAAAAGAUGUGGCAUUAUUCAACCAAGAGAAACGUCAGAUGCAGAUAAAUCUUCAAGAAAAAGAGGAGCUUCUGGUCAAAACUAAACAGCAGUAUCAGAUGGUUCAGGCAGAGUUAUCUGCAAUUAAAAUCAGGUUGGCUGAAAAUGACAAAGAUGUUGGCAAACUCAAGGAUGAGGCAGUAGCACAGAUGGAGUUGUUUCACAAAACAAAAGAACAAGUUAAACACAAAGAUGACUUGUUUAAAGAGCUACAAGAACAAAGUUCAAGACAAAUUGAUGAUUUGCAACAAUGUAUGGAGACUUUGAAAGGUCAACUUGAUGAUUGUUCUCAUAAACUUGUGGUCAAAGAAGAGCUGUUAAUUAAAUGCCAGCUGGAAUCAGAUCAGCAAAUUGAUCAUCUUAAGCAAGAACGUGUGUCUCUCAGCACAGAGCUCAACCAACACAAAGAAAUGAAUACCCAUGUCCUCAGACAAAAGGAAGAAACAUUUAAAUCUACACAAAAGGAAAGGGAUUGUCUUAUUAAAGAAAAAGAAGCACUGCAUGCCAGAAUACUUGCUGUAGAGAAACAACUGGAAGUCACUGUCUCAGAAAACCAGAGACUGGCCCAAGCCAAGCAGGCCAUAGAAAGAGAGAAUGAUGCUGCCCUAAAGCUCCAGACUAAACUGCAGCAGGAGCUGCAAAUGCUGAAAGAGGACAAGGACACUCUUCUAAAGGAAAAGGAAAAAAUGGAAAACACGGAGUUAGUGAAGAAAGACUUGCUUGAGCAGCUCUCUGCAAAAUCUACUGCUGUGGAACAUUAUAAAGCACAGAUGGAGAAGGCAGUGAGUCACUAUAAUAGCAAGAAGCAGCUUUUACAGAAAAGUGAAGAAGAGGUGGCUAAUUUGAAACAAUCACUUGAGGUUGAGGAGCGUGAAGUUAAAACUGUUACCAUGGAAAACAAGCUUCUACAAAUGGAAAUGGAUAAAAUACAAAGCAAUGAAAAAUUACUUCUGAACAAGAUUGCCAGUUUGGAAGCACAGCUAAGCUUUGCAGACAAGGCUCUCCGCGCACAAAAUAAAUUCCACUUUGAGCAGAAGACAUCAGAGCAAAUGCCCUUUACUUUGGAAGUUCCUGGAGAGCGAAAUGGUAUUAUAAGAACAAAGGUUAGGAGCAUGAGCUCUGACAGCCUGGACCAGAGCUCUUUAGAUGAUUCGCUGAACAACACAAGAAAAUUAUCUGCACCUGGUGAAGCAAGCACUCCACUAGUUCGCAGUUCAGAGCGCCUAGCAGCCAAACGCAAUGGACUCCAGGCUGAGUCUCUAGAGACUCUUUACUUUACACCCAUCAGCACAAGACACCGGGCUACUACAGACUUCAAACCAGAGGAGUCUGCCAAGAGAAAUUCAGCUUCAUCUGUCAAGAGACGUAGGACCACACAGGUUAUAAACAUCACCAUGACAAAGAAAACUCCAGGCCGCAAUGAAGCUGAUGAAACUUUCUACAGUUUGACUUCAGCUCGCUCCCAGCCAAAUCUCUCUAGUGCCCAUAAAGCCCAGGGAAUCUCCACAGAACUUUUCACUACACCUAAAGCAACUGAAGCUGACCAGCUCAUCGGUCUCCCAGGAUACAGACGCAGCACCAUCCAUUCACAGGCUACAAGUACAUUCUGUGUUGGAACAGAGAAUGAACCAGAAGGUGGACCUGAGGACUGGAUGAGAAUAGCUGAGAUUCAGGCAAGAAACAAGGCUUGCCUUCCACAUCUGAAGAGCAGCUAUCCGUUGGAAUUUGAUACUGUUCGCAAUAGUGCUUUGAUUUUCACUGAUGAAGAACUCAGGACUGGUGACCCUAUUGAGACUAUCCGCCGUGCAUCUGUGAUGCCUGGGCAGCUCCAGGACUCUCUGACUUCCCACAGACUCUCUUACAUGGGUCACAAUGGUAAAAAUGCUACAUCUCAGUCACGGCUCUCCUUAAUGCCAGGCCAAGCCAUUCCCAAAGCAGUCAGCGCCACUCUCAGGAACCCAAAAAACAAGCGAGCUUCAUCUACACUGACUACACAUCCAACUUCACCUGAGAAAAAAAUUAGAGCCAGCUGUUUCCCUCGUCCACUUACUCCCAAAAAUAAGAAUGUUACUGGUCCAGCAAUCCCUCACAUCCAGACUGCCCUGAGUCCAGCGGAUCGGAGGCAGUCAAUGAUGUUUACUAUUGACAACACCCCAAGAAAAGACCCUAGAAAAGACAUUCUAAAGAAGGGUCUAAACAAACUACGAAGCUCUACUCGUAAAUCACCAGGCAAAAAUCUCAAGUCUCCUGCACAGUCAGUUAGUCGUCGUGGCCAAGAGAAUAUUCCUGCGAGAAAUGGACGCACACCUGUCGAAGGGACUGGCAGGCUGGGAAGCCAGAAAUCCCCUUUGGUAGCAAAUAAAGGACAGAGAAAGUCCCCACGUGUAUCCACUAGGGCUGCAAAGUCCCCUGGCCUAACGGCUAGCGCACGCAAGGAGUGUGAUAUUGUACCUCAGGAAAAUCUCACUAUGAUGAGCAGGAUGAAGGUGUGAUGCAUUUUAUUUUUAGCCCUGUGGGACAGCACUGGACAAAAUAAUUUGGUUGUUUUAUCAAAUCACUUAAUUGAAAUUGUAGUGUCAUACAGAGUAAAUCAUUUAUGUUUGUAGCAAUUUAAGCAUUGCAUAUUAUCACAUGGACAAAAACUGGGAACAUUAGUUUUGCUUCAUUUAUACUUUUGUUUUAAAUUGGAGAUUUGUGUGCCCAAGUUUUUACAAAAAGCUUAACAUUGCCUCAUGUUUUAUAAUUUUUAAGAUUUUUUUUUACAUUCUGAAUGAAAUUUAAAGAUUUGUAUUACAGCUCAGGUUGUCAGUGGCUAAUAUUUGAUUUUGGUUGGCAUACUUUUAUGCCACUCUCACCACUACACAUUUUAAUGUAAGUAAAUUUACUUUUUAAGUUUCACUGUAAUAUAUUUUUAUGUUUAUGAAUAAAGUCUAUCCAAAUAUCUUUA